AUUGGGCCAUAUUCAUCAUUCUCUAAAAAAAAUAAGAAAAAAACACAAACACUGGUCUCUGAUUGGAUUUGUUUUUCUCAUCAUGGGUACCAUAAAAGGAGUUUUAUUUAGUAUUGUUUUGAUUAAUUUGUCACUUGUUGUAUUUUGUGGGUAUCCUAGAAGGCCAGUAGAUGUGCCCUUUUGGAAAAACUAUGAGCCAAGUUGGGCUAGUCACCAUAUUAAGUUCCUCAAUGGUGGUACCACUACUGAUCUUAUUCUUGACAGAUCUUCAGGAGCUGGAUUUCAGUCAAAGAAAUCAUAUCUGUUUGGGCAUUUCAGUAUGAAAAUGAAGCUUGUUGGUGGAGACUCAGCUGGUGUUGUCACUGCAUUUUACCUGUCAUCGAAUAAUGCAGAGCACGAUGAGAUAGAUUUUGAAUUUUUGGGGAACAGAACUGGGCAGCCAUACAUAUUGCAGACAAAUGUAUUCACAGGAGGAAAAGGGAACAGAGAACAGAGAAUAUAUCUUUGGUUUGACCCAACCAAGGGCUACCAUUCUUAUUCUGUUCUUUGGAAUACAUACCUCAUUGUGAUCUUCGUGGACGACGUCCCAAUUAGAGCAUUCAAAAACUCUAAAGAUCUUGGUGUGAAAUUUCCAUUCAAUCAGCCCAUGAAGAUAUACUCGAGUCUAUGGGACGCGGAUGAUUGGGCCACAAGAGGUGGGCUUGAGAAAACCGAUUGGUCCAACGCCCCAUUCACCGCGUCAUACACAUCGUUCCACGUGGACGGAUGUGAAGCAGCCACGCCACAAGAAGUCCAAGUUUGUAACACUAAAGGCAUGAAAUGGUGGGAUCAAAAGGCCUUCCAAGAUUUAGAUGCAUUACAAUACAGGAGACUUCGUUGGGUUCGUCAAAAAUACACUGUUUAUAACUAUUGCACUGAUAAAGCGAGGUAUCCUGUUCCACCACCAGAGUGCACUAAGGACAGAGAUAUUUAAAAUCAUAAUCAAAAUUAAGAGGGAUUUUAUGAAGAAAAAAAAACUUAAUAUGCAUUAUGUGUGAGUAUUUUAAUGAUCCUUAAAACAAAGUGCUUUUAAUUGAUCUGUAUUUCCCUAAUUCUUUUUGACUGUAUCAUUAUUGGUGGAGUCAUGAGAAUAUUAUGCAUCUCAUGCCAGGCCCUUCAUGUCUCUUGUGUGUCAUCAUCAUCAUAAUCAUGACUGAUGUAUUGUAAUUUAUUGAACUAUUUGUUACUUAUCUCUUAAUUAAAAAUAAAAAUAUGAAUUAAUACCUUUUUUUUAUUUAA